AUGGAUAUUGAUACUGAACCAACAGUAAAUACUGUUCCCAUGGUAACAAUAGAUACUUCUGAUGAAAUUACUGUUCCAGAACCGAUGUAUCCGCCAGAACCGGAUCAGAUAUCAGAAAAUGUUACGUUCAAGAAAGUCUUUUGUGACAUAGAAACCACAUCUUUCUCUAUGCAUACAGAAAUCGUACAGAUAGCUGCGGUGUGUGAAGAUGAAACAUUCGAUCAGUACAUUUUACCGCUGCGGCAAUUGGAUCCUGGAGCUUCUAAGGUGACCGGACUGACAUGCGAUGGAGGAGUGUUAUAUCAUCAUGGAAUUGCUGUAACGACUAUAGAUUUGAAAUCGGCACUGGAAUGCUUCCUUGGGUGGCUUGAUCCACUGAAACCAUGUGUACUUGUUGGGCACAACUUCAAGAAUUUUGACUAUCCAAGAAUAUAUAGAGCAUUUACCAAAUUUAACCUUAUAAAUGCUUUUCAUCAGAUUGUAUUAGGGUUUGUGGAUUCUUAUCCAUUAUUUAAAGCAAUAUAUCCAAAAGAAGAAAGUUAUAAGCAAGAAUCUCUGGUUGCCAAAUAUGUGCAAGAAACUUAUGAUGCCCAUAAUGCAAUUGGCGAUGUUAAAAGUUUAAAAAAGCUUCUUACAGUGUGCGAUAAAAUCACGCAUGAAGUUUUGUGUAAGUAUAGUUUUACAGCAAAUUGGUAUGUAGAGUAUCACAAUUAUAAAACAGUAUCUAACAAAAAAGCUGAUACUUUUAAACAAAUUACUGAGAACAAGAUUUUGUCUAAAAACACCAUAGAUAAAAUAGCUGGAAGUGGUCUAGAAAUGAAACAUCUGAAAUGGGUUUACGGUAAGGAGGGACCAGAGGCCCUCACAGAUCUGUUAGUCAGCAGAGCCUCUUUAAGCAAAGCGACGGUGGGGAAACUUCUUACAUUUUUGGCAUCUGAGUAA